ACAUCCUUUGGGUACACAUUAACUUAUUAAAUCGAUCCUGAUUACAAACUUUGCCCCUACCUCACCUGGCAACCAUGAGAAAGACAGAUGUCAGUCUAUAAAAGAAAACGGGAAUUGCCCCGUCUUUCAGGCUCCAACAUCUUCCUUUUGCCAAGAUGUUACAGAUCAAACUCUUUGCAGUGCUCAUGGCUUGCCUGUUGCUGUUGAGCCAGGUCAAUGGCUCUCCAGUACCAGAACUGAGUUCAGGAAAGAGAGCCAGGAGAAUGACACCAUUUUGGAGAGGGGUUUCCCUCAGGCCUAUUGGUGCUUCCUGUUGGGAUGAUUCAGAGUGUAUCACCAGACUAUGCAGAAAAAGACGCUGUUCUCUAAGUGUGGCCCAGGAGUGAUGCUCAUACGAGGGGAAAAGUUACCUCCAACAGUGCUCUGUUCUAUGGAAUAUUGGUUAACUGCAUUUUGGCUGGAGAUACUUAAGUGAAGCAAUCUUGUGUUUUUAAUAUUUAAAGACAGAUACUUGCUUUAAACUGGUCUCCCUUUCUUCUUAGAAUGUUGGUUUGUACAUAGACGUAACUAAGUUUGUCAGAGUUUAUUUUUCUAUAAAUACUAUUAAAUGUCUCCAAUCCAAA